CUAACCUGCAAAAAGCACAGAAUUUAAGUAGUAGUAGUAGAAAAUGAGGUGACGGUUUAGAAUUUCAAAAUAAUAAAUAUUCGAACCAAAAAUGGAUUCAUUACAAGAUUUGGAAAUAAGUACUGUAAUUAAUCCCCAUUUGUUUUGGAUAAUAAGUUCGAGUGAUGCCCGAACAAAAACUCUUGAAGAAAUAGAAAAAAAUAUGAAUGAGUUCUGCAAAUUCAAAAGCAAUGUCUCCAAAAUAAAUUUCGAAAUCGGAGAGAUCGUAGCGGUCCGUGUGAAAAAAAGAUUAUGUAGAGCUGUUGUCGAACAAAUAAAAAAAGAAAAGAUCAGCUACUUGUGCUGGUUGAUUGAUUAUGGUUUCCUCAUAGAGACGGAAGUAAUUUUCAAGCUGCCGUCUAGCAUACGAAAGACCUCUGCACAAGCAUUCCAAGCAAGCUUCAAUAACGUUACCUAUUUUGAGCAACACCUCGAAUAUGAUGAAAGCGGAGGACCGAUUAUGGUUAAUGAACCAACUAGAACUCCCCAUGGGAACAGUCGUCAAGUUAUGAUGGAGUUUCUAUCGCAGAGCAAAUCCCUUGAAUUCAAAAUUGAGAACAGAGAGGAUGGCAUUAUCUUCGGAGAUAUAUUGUAUAGAGAUAACGAUGAUAAAGAUAGGUCUCUCAGAGAGGAUUUAAUACAGAGGGGCAUUCUGAUAGAGAACAAAACAGUUUUCAAAGCAAUCAGAGAAUCUAUAAAUGACUAUAAGGAGAGAAAUCUCGAGAGAAUAGCUAAGGUAUGCAAAAGUACUAAGGAAAUUUUAUGGAGUCUGACUGAAGGCGAUGACCUUGAUGAGAAAUGCAACAAAUUGGUUCAGAAAUACUUGGAUGAGUUUGAUUCUCAUGACGGUUUGGGCACUGAUGAGGAUGAGUUUUCCCCGUACCCAUUCUCGAAACGAAACAGAUCCAGGCACAGCAACACAAACAGCUUGUUAGACAUGACGAAUACUUCGGAGAGCGACUCUCCUAAAACGCCCCCGAAAUCAGUCGUCUCAAAGAAAAAGCUCCUACUGGAAAAAAUGCUUCAAUACCGAAAUGCGAAGACCGAGUCUGUGACCCCCUCUAGCACCUCGUAUCCUACAGAGAGGGACGAAGAAAAAGUUGCGAAUUCGCCAGCUGUCAAAGUUUCUCUCCCGAUCAGCUCCAAAGGGAAAAAGAUACUGGAGCAGAUGAAGAGGAAGGGUAGAGAGAGAGAGAAAGAGGACUCUGAAGUGGAAACGCCAAAGUCAGCUGCAACAGUUACGGUCACUUCCAGCAACUUUACUGGGACUGAAGGUGCCAGAAAAUUCAAUUUUGUUCCAGGAGGUUCAGAGAGAUCAUAUUUCAACGUGGGAGCUAAGAAAAACACGAAUCGAUAUUCAUAUGAAAAUUCUAGCACCCAGUACAGCUCUGAAGAUUCAUCGAGUUGUAGAAACGUUCGCCAGAAGCGACAAUCACCUAAAUCAGUUGUGCCGCAUCAAUCAAAAAUAACUUGCAACGCUACGAUGCAUCCCAAAAAAUCAUUGAGUGAAGCACCCUUGUCCGAAGUGCCAUCCAGUGAAGCGGCCUUGUCCGAAGGGCCAUCUAGUGAAGCGCCGGAUAAUCUUGUCGAAGAUGUCUCUCCUGAAAAUUCCUCCGGCGUGUCAGAAGUCGACAAUAAAUCAUCAGUUUCGACUGAUUGUAAGGCUGCUGAAGGUAAUGGAAAUAACGUCAACACCAUGAAGAUCAAACCGCACUGCUCUUGCAAACAAUGCGACCACUGGACACAAGAAGAAAACUUUUGGAAGGGCACAUCUUUCCAACCAAAAGUGGCCAAAAUCGUCGAAGGCGACAAACAGGUCCUUUUCAGAGAGAAAGAAGACGUGCAGAACGAAGUCAACAUCGUUUCCUUCGACUAUUCCUCGCUGUCGAAGAUCGACAAACAAUCCAUGGCCAAAGUACUAGUCCACAGCGAGAGCAUUCCGAAUCCAGCCCGCGUCAUCUCUAAAGUGUCCUUUCACAGAGACAUCCACCGCAGUCUCGUUCAUUUAAACUAUAAGGAAGCGAAACGAAUCCAGUCGUUUGCUUGGGCUGCGCUUUUCCGCAACCAGCACGUCUGUAUGGUGCAUGGGCCGCAAACUGGCAAGACUAUGGCCUAUUUGCCGGUGAUGUGCUCCUUCAUUCUCGACAAAUCCGACAGGUACGAAUCGCUGUUGAACAUUUCCGGAGGUCCUAUAGUCGUCGUGCUUUGCAGUAGCUCGAAAAAGUGCGAGGAGGUCUAUGAUCUCGCCAAGAUUCUACUGGGGAGGGCUAGGGUGAAGGUUCAUUUAAUCACUUAUCCUUUGGGGCACGUAAACGCUAGUCACAUCGACCUGUUGGUAACAACCCCUCUGGUCUUGGACGACCUUCUGAAAUCGAACGCCGUUAACUUCAAGCGCCUCUGCCACUUGAUUCUUGACGACGGAGACAGAUUAUUGAACAGGCACUUCGUCACGAUGCGCAAGAUUUUCGCUCUGACGCAGUCGGUUCUGGCAAAUCGCGUCUACUCGAAAACAAUCCAGCUGAUAGUUUGCGCAGAACACUGGUCCUCCAGGAUCUGCGAUCUGCUCAAAAGUCUGCAGCAGAUUCCGAUGGUUUGCAUAGGGAAUUUUUUGGAAGCCGCUCUCUACGGCAAGAUGGAGUUCUCCAUGAAAUUCAUCAACUCGGCGUGCAAGGAAGCCGAAUUGAAAGCGUUGCUGAAGGAGACCCAUAAAAUAUACAGAUCGAUCGUGGUAUGCAAAGAAGAUGAGCUUCAACACGUUGAGACCAUUAUGAUAUUGAAAGGUAUCGAUUACACGGUGAUAUCGCAGGACAUGACAAAGGAGGACAUUUUUUACAUGGAGGAAGUUUGGACGCAAGCCAAAGGGGGACAGUAUUCAGUUUUAGUAUGUUCGGAUUUUAUCCUCAACACCAUGCUAUCCGUGACUUGCGCGUCUCAGUUGAUCCAUUACUCCCUUCCAUCUUCCUGGACCAAAUUCGUUAAGCGUUUCGGUUGCUUGCUUGAAAACUGCAAGAGCCCCCUGGACGGCAAAGAGGUUAGAACGGUAUCUCGCAGCGUGGUGCUCUGUGACGAAACGUGCGAAAACGAGAUGCACAAGUUUUUCAGCUACAUGAAUUCGACAGAGCUACAGCACCAGCUGCCCGAUAAACUCCAGAAAUACUCGGCGGAUUUGAAGGCCGUAGAAGAAGAAGAGAAGGUCACCAAAGCCGUCGGGCUGUGUAACGAUCUCAAGUUGUUCGGCAAGUGCUUGGAAAAUCGUUGUCUGAGGAGGCACGUCGUCAACGAGGCGUUGGAUGUUUCGAACUUCCUACCGAAAAACGGGCAGAUUAAGUUCAAAAUCGUCCAAGUGCAAGACGUCUCGUGCUUCUCAAUUACGUUGCUGCAGCAUGAAGACGGCAGAAGUAAAGUCGAAGACGUCUUCGUAGACGUCACCGAGGAAUUGACGGCGACUCUGAAGAUCACCAGGAAGAAAAUUCACAAUCCGAUCGUAGGGCAUAGGUACGCUUUUUACGACUUCGAAGAUCGGGAAGGGACCUAUCACAGAUGCGAAUUAUUGGACGUCGAUAACGACGAAGCUAAAAUCAAACUGUUGGAUAAAGGUUCCGUUAUUAGUACGGCGGUAGCCAGAUUGUUCCGCUUGCCGAGAGAGUUUGAUGAAGAAAACAAACCUAGAACGGUUAUUGACGCGUAUUUAGCGAACUUUAUUCCUCCAUUUAUGGAUGAAAAUUAUUCAGCCAAGUCUUAUUAUAACGUGAAAAAUUUGUUGGAACAACACAAUUACAAAGAAGUCAUAUUUUCCGGGGAAGUUCAUCUCCAGCUCUCCAACACUCUGUGGUUAAAGAACGUCUACGAAGAGGUUACCUUAUCCGAUAGGGUCAUUUCCGGUUUCCAGUUGAACAGGGAGAUUUUAUUAAAAAAACUGGCGGUUCACAGCAAUGACCAGUUGCACCACCUGUACAAAUUGUGCUUAGACGCUGGCAUAACUCUUCCUACUUACGAAAGGAAACGCGUCGCUGUUGUCGACGACGUUGAAGAAAAAAUCGUUCUCCAAUGGGCAUAUCUCGACAACGAAUGUCCCGAAGAAGUUGUCUUCUUGGCGGCCGUUUCGCCAGACGAGAUAUACGUGAGGUUGAAUAAAUACAGCGAUUUGUUAUACACCCUCCAGAAAGACAUACAAAAUGCAGUUUCGAAACCUCACUAUCCCAAACUCAACCUGGCGAAGAUAGGUAGCGUCUACCUCGCCAAAGAUCCCGAAGGGUUGGAGUACGGCCGUGUCUUGAUUUUGAAUAAGGAAGAAGACAAAGUAUUGUGCUUUUUCGUCGAUUUCGGCGACGAAGCGGUUGUACCGGAGAAAGAACUUAAAUUCUUGUCGAACCAAUAUAUCACGAGACUUCCCUUCCAAAGCAUCCAAUGCAAUCUUCAUGGAAUCAAACCAGUUUCGAAGGAAUGGGAUAGCGAAGUUACCGACAUGCUUUACGAUUAUGCGAUGGAGCCGCAGACUGAUAUUUUUAGGUCGCUGUACGUGAAAGUUUUCGAAAAAGGAACCCCUUCGAUACACGGCCAGAAGAAGUAUUCAGUUUUGCUCAAGGAUGGGUUUGGAGAAAAGAAAAAGUUGAUCAAUCAGUUGUUAAUUGAAUGCGGUUUUGCUGUUCCCAGUUGUGAAUUUGUCGAAGACUUCGAGAUACCCGCGUCCCAAGACGGCGAAUCUGAUGAUUCUGACGUAGAGGAGGUGGUAGUGUCGAAAGAGGAGGUUGAUGAGGUUAAAAACCGAGCCGUUCUCAAUGUGGACGAGUUUGAGUUGUUUUUUGAUGAAGAAGAUGAAUACGCCGAAAAGAAAUUUUUCAAACAGAUAAUGACAGGACAAAUCGAACCAUCGCAGACUCCGAUCCAACGCGAGUUGCCGCCCAUAAAAGCUGCUCCGGCUACGGACUACUUCACACCCGACGUUUACUGGUCUCAAACCGAUGACGUCGUUAGACUCAUCAUCAAACUGACCGACGUCUCCGAUUACAAAUUGAAGCUGACCAAAUCGAGGAUUUUGAAUUUCAGAACCGACAAAAACGAAAAGACUUACUGCCUGAAACUCGUCCUUUACGAAACCGUCGACAGCAUGCAGCACACCUCUCCCGGUCCAGAGAUCAGAAUAACACUAUCGAAAACCAAACCGAUCGACUGGCCCCGGCUGAUUCUCGCCAAGCAGAAGCAGAGGAACAUCCACUACGAUCUGACGAAGGUCGCCGUCGAGGAGGAGAAGAAAAAGAGGUUUCUCCAGUUGCCGGAUGAGUUGAACGAACAAGAAUCCGAUGACGACGAUGUCAUCGACAUGAUGUACCACUUCGCAUCGGAUUUGGACAGCGAUUUAGAUAUGGAGCUCGAGAGAGACUCUGAUUGAGUUUAGAGGUUCGGGUGCACGCGUUUCGGAGAUUGAAAUUUUGGUAGAGUUUCAGAAAUGUGGAAGGUAUAGACCUGUUUUAGUCGAAAGUCUCUUUGCCAUUCAUAUACACAUAUUUUUAUAAAAUGUAUGUUCAUUGUGGGAAUUCCAAGUAUGCAUAAACAAUACAAAAAUCUGAGUUCGUGAAAAAACUAUAGAAUAAAUAAUUUCUCAAUAUCAAAAUUUCAGUAAAUGCAGACUUUUAGAUAAUUCAUUUACAAGUUCUACAAUACAAGCUUCAAAAAUUGUGAAGGAAUUGCGAUCUCAAAAACUAAUUAUAAAUUUCAGCCAAUAACGUGAUUGUCUCAAACAUAAAUAAAAUAAUAAAAGUUGAAUGUUUCAUAAUUUUCAAAUAAAUUACUAACCGUUGAAAGCAGUUGAAUAAAUUUGUCAUGUGAAAUACAAACUGCAACUCAAAAAAUAUUGAAAUUCCAAUUCAAGUACAAGAAAAACUUGAAAAUAAUUGUAGUAAAUUGUGUUCAUUAUUUUUUUUUGUUGUUGUUUCAUAAUAUUUUUCAUUCUCUUUUAUUCCCUCUAUAAACAUAAAUCUUUCUUGGAAUUAAAGUCAUUAUUAAUAAAAAUAAUACAAAAAUAUCAAAAACAGUUUCAAAAAUAUCUUGAAUGUUUAUUGUACCUAAUAUUUUCUAUAUUCGUCCUCAAGUUUCGAUUAUAACAUUUGAGAUUUUGCAAUAAUGACAAGGCUACAAAACAAAUUUUACUUAUCACUUUCUGCUAAUAACACAUAUCGGUAGACAUAUAUUGGUAUAGUUUUAAAUGUAGUUUCACUAUCUAUAACAAUAAAUAUAUAAUUGUCACAAUACAAUUAAUUUAGAACAUGUUGCAUUACACUGUAGCUUCAUCAGUAACAUCAGUAACUGUUAUAUCAUUUGUGAUGGAAUGCGUUUUUGUAAAACUGUUUAGUGAAAAUCUUACAUUAUAGUGUUUCUUGAACACGGUUACAUCAGUUAAACCCGUAACUGUUAAAUCAGUUGCACCAGUAACUGUUACAUCAUUUGUGAUGAACGCGUUUUUAUAAAACUGUUAAGUGAAAAUCUUACAAUAUAGUGUUUCUUGAACACUGUUACAUCAGUUAAACCUGUAACUGUUAAUCAGUUGCACCAGUAACUGUUACAUCAUUUGUAAUGGAAUGCAUUUUUGUAAGAAUGUUUAGUGAAAAUCUUAAAAUGUAGCGUUUCUUGAACACUUACAUCAGUUACACUCGUAACUGUUAAAUCAGUUGCAUCAGUAACUGUUACAUCAUUUAUGAUGGAAUGCCUUUUUGUUAAACUGUUUAUUGAAAAUCUUAAAAUGUAGCGUUUCUUGAACACUUACAUCAGUUACACUCGUAACUGUUGAAUCAGUUGCACCAGUAACUGUUACAUCAUUUGUGAUUGAAUGCGUUUUUGUUAAACUGUUUAUUGAAAAUCUUAAAAUGUAGUGUUUCUUGAACACUUACAUCAGUUACACCCGUAACUGUUAAAUCAGUUGCACCAGUAACUGUUACAUCAUUUGUGAUGGAAUGCGUUUUUGUAAAACUGUUUAUUGAAAAUCUUAAAACGUAGUGUUUCUUGAACACUCUUACUUCAGUUACACCCGUAACUGUUAAAUCAGUUGCACCAGUAACUGUUACCAUCAGUUACUGGUGUAAGUUGGUCGUUUAUGUAUCUCUAAACAACUGCACCAGAUUUUGGACAUAGCACAUGAAUUUAAUUCGCUAUAAGCGUUUUUCUUAAUUUUUUCGUUUCUAAUUUCUACAAUAUUGAAUCAAAAUUUCCACUCGGAUCAGUAAUUCUAUAAAUUCUUAAAAUUGGCGAGGUAUUUGAUGAAAAUUUAUGAACCAAUCUUUCAUCUUUGAAAUUUUUACUUAUACUUGUUGAAAAGUUAUGAAU